UAGAAGUAUACUCUAAAGAGUUUUGCUCCCUGAGCUCCUAAACUGUUAUGGGCGUGCAAUCUUUAAGAUGGGUAUCUACUAUAUUAAUCUCUAUACUAAAUAAGGGUCUAUUUAGUGGAAAUCGUACUUAUCCUGGGUGCCAACAUGUUCUGUUUCCUUUAUCACUGUUUUCUGACUAAUCAAAUGCACAAAUAUGUUAAAAUUAUAGCUCUCAUUUGUAUGGGUUGAUCUUACUGUUAUAUUGUAUUGUUUUGUUUUUCACUUAUUGAUAUGGCGCCGAUGAAGAUAAAAACCUUUGGAUGGUAUUAAUGAAUGUUUGUGUUAUUUUGCAUCAUUUACGUACUCCUAAAUCUAAAGUACUACGCAAAAGACCAGGAAGGACAGAAGGGGUUUGGAAAAGUAUGGAAGAUUCUGUCAAACGAAAGAUGGAGCCAUUUUAUGAAGGUUCUGAUGGCCCACCACUUCGCGUUCUACCAAUUGAACUGGGUGAAAUCGCGAUGAAUUGCAUACUGGUUGGGAGUUAUGAUCACUAUAUUCUGAUUGAUGCUGGUGUAAUGUUUCCAGACUACGAUGAGCUUGGAGUCCAACAAAUUUUACCUGAUACCACAUUUAUUAGAAGAUAGAGACACAAAAUUGAAGCAGUUGUUCUUACACAUGGUCAUGAGGUUCACAUUGGUGCGUUGCCUUGGGUAAAGUUUCACAUUUUUCAAUUUGGAUUCUUUCUGUUGUUUUGCUGGUUGUUGGGUAAGGCACUCUUUCCAAAACGAAGAAAAAAAG